AUGGAGAUGAGGCAGAGGCAGGUCGAGCGAGUGCAAGGCAGAUUUGAGGUGAGCAGAGCUGAGGGAAGCAAAGGUGAGGCCCCGUCCCACCAAAACCGAGAGCCGAGGUUUGAUCGAUCCAGUCUGGGAAGGUCAGGUGCAGACCGAGACGAGUCUGUGUUGAUUGUGGAGAUAUCUCCUUCUCUUUCCCCUGUCGCCCGAUCAGGCAGUAGUACUGUUUACCCGGUGAAGGGAGAGACGUCCCUCGCUCUCGGCAGCUUACUGGAUGACCAGCAGUGGCACAUGGUUCAGAUCCAGCGCUACGGGCAGGAGGUGAACCUGACACUGGACGGCCAGGCGGAGCGCUUCCUCACCAACGGCCAGUUCGAUUAUCUGGACCUGAAUUCGGCGAUCCACUUUGGCGGACUGAUCACCCCCGAGAGAGAACGGCUGGCCGACAAGCCCAACUUCCAAGGGUGCCUGGAGAACAUUUUCUACAAUAACAUCAGCGUCAUUGACCUGGCCAGAGCGCGACGCUCACAAACGCAGACCCUGGGCGAUGUCCACUUCCACUGCCGCCCACCGCCCGAGCGGCCGCGCUACUACCCGCUCACCUUCGUGUCGGCCACCAGCUUCCUGCAGCUGCCGGGGCAGCCGUUCCUGCAGCAGCUCGCCCUCAACUUCAGCUUCCGCUCGUUCGACACUAGCGGCCUCCUCCUCUUCACCAACUUCUCCCGUGGCCUCGGCUGGCUGCAGAUGGAGCUCAGCGCCGGGCAGCUCAACCUGUCAGUGCAGCAGGGCGGCAACCGGCGGCUCGAGUUCGCCGCAGGUUAUAACCUGUCGGACGGAUACUGGCAUUCGGUGAACCUGUUGGCUCGAAUGGAUUCUGUGGUUGUGGUCAUUGACGAACAGGAGGAUUUGGCCGUUCGGGUGAACCACGCUCUCCGAGUGGAGACGGGAGACCAGUAUUUCUUUGGAGGUUGCCCCGCGAGUAUGAAAACUCUCGGCUGCUUCUCCAACGCGAGCGAGUUUCACGGCUGCAUGCAACUCUUCCACAUUGACAACGUCCUGAUCGACCUGGAGCUGGUGAAGAGACGGAGGCUCGGGAGAUAUUCAGAGAUGCUGUUCGACACGUGUGGCAUAACCGACCGGUGCACCCCGAACCUGUGCGAGCACGAUGGGAUUUGCGAGCAGACUGCUGAGAGCUUCUCCUGCAACUGUGAGAGAACGGGUUACAAAGGCAUCACCUGUCACAACUCUCUCUACCCGGAAUCGUGUGACGGAUACUGGAGGCAGGGGGUCAGACAGUCGGGGAACUACACCAUUGACCCUGAUGGCAGUGGUCCAGCUAGACCCUUCACCGUGUACUGCAUCAUCACAGAGAACCAAGCCUGGACAGUCGUUUACCACCUGCAGCAACAGGAGACCAAGGUGACGGGCUCGACCCUGGAGAUGCCGUACGUGGGGACAAUCCAGUAUUACAACAACACCGAGGAAGAGAUUUCCGCGAUCACGAUGGCGGCCGAGUACUGCGAGCAGAGGAUCUUCUUCUCGUGUUACAGGUCCCGGCUGCUGAACAGCCCGUCCGGACUGCCCUUCAGCUGGUGGCUGGGCCGCGGCUCCGAGAAGCAUUUCUACUGGGGGGGCGCCAGCCCGGGCACCCAGCGCUGCUCCUGCGGCAUGAGGAGAGACUGCACUGACCCGAAGUACUACUGCAAUUGCGAUGCAGACUACAAGCAAUGGCAGUCGGACCAAGGCUGGCUGAAACACAAGCAAGAUCUGCCAGUUACCAAGGUGGUCGUGGCUGACACAAAUAGAACAGGUUCUGAGGCCAGGUUCAGAGUGGGGCCUCUGCGUUGCUAUGGUGAUGGAGGGUCUUGGAACGGGGCCACGUUCAUCGAGGGAAAUUACAUGGUGUUCCCGGCCUUCAACCCUGGACCCAGCGCUGACAUCUCCCUUUACUUCAAAACCACCUCCAGCUACGGAGUCUUCCUGGCGAAUUCCGGAUACCGGGACUUCAUCCGGCUGGAACUGAAAUCCGAGAAGGUAAUCGCGUUCACCUUCAACGUGGGUGACGGGCCCCAGGAGCUGCAGGUCGAGGCCAUGGUCCCGCUGAACGACGACGCCUGGCACUACGUGGAGGCGGAGAUCAACGUGAAGUUUGCCCGCCUGCGGCUCGACGAGCUGCCGUGGCGGGUGUUGGAGGCCCCGCCGCAGAGUUACGUUUCCCUCAGGCUCGACCGGCCGCUUUACGUGGGGGCGGCCGAGUACCGGCGGAGCGCGUUUUUCGGUUGCCUGCGGGGGCUGCGGAUGAACGGCGAGAUCCUGGACCUGGAGGCCAAAGCCCACCAGACGGAAGGCGCCAACCCGGGCUGCGUGGGGCGGUGCAGCGACCCCGGGAUGCUGUGCCAGAACGGGGGGCGUUGCGUCGAGCGGUACAGCACGUACACGUGUGACUGCAACGCCAGCGCCUUCGAUGGGCCUUACUGCAAUAAAGUUAUCGGCGGAUACUUUGAGCCCGGCACCUACAUCCGGUACAGCUUCCAAACGGCGUUCACGACCGCGGUGAGGGAGUUCGCCAACAUGAUGCUCCCGUUCACUCCCUGGUUUAACUCGACCAGCGAGGAGAUCGUGUUCAGUUUCAAAACGUCCGAGCCGCCGAGCGUUCUUCUGUACGUCAGCACCUUCACCAGGGAUUACAUGGCCGUUAUCAUUAAACACGACGGCAGCCUGGAGCUCCGCUACCAGCUGGGAUCGUUCGCCAACCCCUACACCAGGACCCUGGUCCGUGACAACGUGGCGGACGGCAGAGCUCAUCGGGUCAACAUCACGAGGAAAGACCGGGAGAUCUACACACAGGUGGACGAGGAACCGGUGAUGUGGGAACGAAUCUCUCUGUGGGGCGACAAGAACUUUGACUCCCCCAAGUCCCUGUUUCUGGGCCGUGUGAUAGAGGUCGGCGUUCUGGACCCGGAGAUCCAGCGCUUCAACACGCCAGGGUUCACCGGCUGCCUGGCCGGGGUCAGCUUCAACGGCAUUGUCCCGCUGAAAGCCGCUCUGAGGACGGACACCAACCAGUCGGUGGUGGUCCAGGGAGACCUGGUGGAGUCCAACUGCGGGGCCAUCCCCAUCGUGCUCUCGGACGUCCUGUUGGCAGAUGACCCGUGGGCGCUGCAGCCCGAUACCCCAUUUUUCGAAUCCGACUCUCUGACCGGAGCUGUUAUCGGCGUGAUCGUCGCCCUGGUCCUGUUCACCAUCCUGGCCUUAGCCGUCCUUCUGCUCGUCUACAACCACCGCCACAAGGGCAGCUACCACACCAACGAGGCCAAGCCCCUGGGUCCCCCCAGCGGGGUCAAAACCACCGCCCUCAAGAAGAAUCUGCCGCAGAUUGUCGAGGAGACGAAGGGCGAAUAGAUGGGGUAGAGGGCGUGCCUGCGCCCAGGAGAGAUGUGUCUUGUGGGAUUUCUACCUGAUGAACACUUAGCUUACGCGUUUUUUAAAAAAAAACCGGAGACGGAGUGGCGAGCCGUCUCCGACCUGAGCGAAUCCUUCACGGCCCCGCAAUACGCUAACCCCGCUAGUUAAGGCUAACUGUUGGUAGAAACAGUAUCUCGGCUGCCGCCGCCUGCUGGGUGAAGUCUAUAAUCGGUGAACUACGCUGCCUGCACCCCGCGCCCCCGCUGUCCCAGUGCAUGCGCGCUGUUGUACACGGUCCCGGUUACACCCCUCGCCGUGACAUAAUCACAUCAACUUGGUUUCUUUAAGUGAGCCUAAGUCGACAUUGUGUAAUUUUUAAAAAAAAAAAAUAUAUAUAGUAAUAUUUUAUAAUUUGCUGCAGCAGUCUAGGGUUGACCACGUAUGACGCGGUCUCCCAGGGUGAGGGUCACUGAGGGUUAGGGCUGGGAGUUCUGCGCGGCACCCGGUGCCAUCUGGAGGGGCUGUCGCGUCAGUGGGUCCCGUCCCCACUGGACGCGGGGAACAAACACGAGUACUUGCCAAGGACCAGGCUUCAACACUGCCAUCACUUACGGAGCAGUGGCCGUCCGGCAGAGGGGGAGCAAGACUGCCCGUCGACGGGCUGAGGGGAGGUUGGGGGUCAGGCGGGUUGUGGGGCUUCGACAGAGCACCCUGUCUCCCUAGGGAGGGGUCAGCGUGGGUACCUGCAUCUCCACCACCCCGGCUAAGGACAGGGGCCGCACCUCCCCCCUACACCCGGUGCGGAAGAUAAAGGGGUGUCGCCCCCUUACACUCCGUCUGGACAAGGGUAGGACAAGAGCCGGGAGCCACAGACGGUGCGGGGAAGCUGGCAGCACCGUUCCAAGCGGGGAGGGAGGAGGCACCUGCGAUUGGGCGCAGUGUGUGUCUGCGUGUCUCCGGGGAUCGCGAGUGAGCUUUGAGAGUUACGAGUAGAUCUGGAAGCUUUAACAGAGCUCAACCGGCGGAGCGAAGGGUCUGUUUCUGCGCCGCAGUACUCGACGGCGAAGGCACCCUCUCGAACUGGAGCUGGGUUUGCCGGCCUUGAAUGAUGUUAGCUGUUGACACCGUGGGAGUCUGUGUGGCCGGUCCCACCCUGGCCCUUGACCCCUCUCGGACUGAGGGAACUGGAAUGAGAUAAAUCGUAUCCAAUCAGUCAUUUGCUCAGGAAACUGGUGCUUUUCUUUCUCUCUCUCUCUCUCUCUCUCUCUCUCUCUCUCUCUCUCUCUCUCUCUCUGUCUCUGUCUCUCUGUCUGCCUGUCUCUCUGUCUCUCUCUCUCUCUCUUUCUCUCUCCCUCCACCUCCCUGUCUGUCUUUCUCUCUGUCUGUCUGUCUGUCUCUGUAUCUCUGUCUUUUUCUCUGUAUCUUUCUUCAUCUAUCUCCCAUCUCUCUCUCUCUCUCUCUCUCUCUCUCUCUCUCUCUCUCUCUAUAUAUAUAUAUAUAUAUAUAUAUAUAUAUAUAUCUGUCUCUCUCUCUCUGUUUGUCUCUGUCUUUCUCGCUGUCUCUCUCUCUGUCUGUCUGUCUCUGUCUCUCUCUGUCUCCCCCCCCUCUCUCUCUCUCUUUCUUUCUCUAUUUCUCUCUGUCUCUCUCUCUGUCCCUCUCUCACCUCUCUGUCUCUCUACCCCUCUCUGUCUCCCCCACCCUUUCUCUGUCUAUCUGUCUCUCUCUCUAUCCCUCCCCAUGUCUCUCUCUCCCCCUCUAUCUCUCUCAUCUUUCUCUUUCUCUCUCUCUCUCUUUCUGACUGUCUGACACUCUCUCUCUCUCCCAACCCCUUCUCUAUCUCGCUCUCUGCUUGUCUCUGUCUGUCUCCCUCCUCUACCUCUCCUACCCCCUUCCCCACCCCUUUUCCCAAUGUUUCUCCUUCCCCUCCUCCCCCAGCCCCCCACACCCCGUGUCUCGUCGCUAUCACAGACCAAUUGUUAUAUUGUUUAAUUCACUGGAGAUUCAAAUAUUAAAUUCAUUCUGCAA